GUUUAGAAAGUCUUAAAUGUAUCUUCGUGGUUUCGUUUGCAUUUCGAAGGCAAAACGCUGAGCUUGCUAGGUUCGUGCAGCAAACAUGGUUGAAAUCGAUCUUAACAAGGAAAAUGAGGAGGAGCCGGAUUUCUCUGAUCCUGAAGAUUAUGUUGAUGAUAUAACUGAUGAAGAGCUCGUAAUGGAUGUGUUGCGUCAGCAGCCUUCCAAAGAUGAGUACGAGGAAGCCUGUCUGAUUAUUUUUGGAAUUCCCAUUGUUGGACCUGAAAGAAUGGGAAAACUCAAGACCGUUCUUGGCAAAGUAUUCACAAAUGUCGAACCCGACCAUAAAGCUCACUUUCCUCUCACAGAGGAAGGAGGAAGUAAGGGUUGCGUUUUCAUCGAAUUUCCUGACAAGAUAAAAGCAGAAUACGCGAGAGGUGUACUGAACGGCUAUAAGUUGGACAAAAACCACGUCUUUUCUGCUCUUCUAUUCAAUGAGGCCAGGCAUUUUCAAAAACCUCAGGAGAACUGGCAGCCACCACAACCUACGCCUUACAAUGACGUGGGAGACUUGUGGUGGUGGAUGCAGCACCCUCGUUGCCGUGAUCAAUUCGCUGUGCAGUACGAGAAGGAUGGCGUCCCAACGGUUGCUUGUUAUUGGCAUAUUAAAGGGCAUGACCCUGAGAUUGCUGGUGAUGCAGGCAAAGCUGAACGCCCGUCAUGGACAGAUACCGUUUUCAAAUGGUCCCCACACGGUUCUUAUAUGACUACGAUCCACAAAAGAGGCGUGGCUUUGUGGGGUGGGCCAGAAUUUGCGCGUGUGCAGCGAUUUGCGCAUGAUAAUGUGCAGUUUAUCGACUUUUCACCAUGUGAAACUUAUUUGGUUACCUUCGCCGAAUCCGCUGAAAAGAAUCGUUUCGGGGAUGACGAGGAUUGCUUACGAAUUUGGGAUGUUGUAACUGGCGAAAUGCUAAAAGGUUUUUCUCUUUACGCGCUCACAAACCGGGAUCAACUUCCUUGUUGGCCGUUCUUCCAGUGGUCUUUUGACGAAAAAUUUUUCGCUUGUUUGAAAGCACCUGAGAAGGACAAACUUGAGAAGGAGAAGAAGGUUAAUGGGAUAUCUGUCUUCGAGACGGAGACGUUUAAACUUGUUGAUCAUCGUAAUAUUAUAGUGGAAAAUAUAAAAACUUUUUCUUGGAGUCCAACGGCAAACAUAAUCUCUUACUACGCUGAGUGCACUGAUUCUCUGCCUGCGGAAUUCGGUCUUGUGCAAAUGCCAAAUCAGCAGCGAUUGAGAUCUGGACGUAUUUACAAUGUUGCUGACGCGCAAAUGUUCUGGCAAAAAAGUGGUCAGCGUCUUGCCGUAUACACUAUGAGAUAUUCCAAAAAGCAGAUGAAAGAGGGCGGAGAAGUCAAAUAUGUCGGCGGAUGCACGUACCACAUCGAAAUCUUUGAGAUACAAAAAGAUGUGUCACUGAUGAAUCUGCCUCUGCCUGAGCCAUUCAUCAAUUUUGGGUGGCAGCCUUAUGGAGAGAAAUUCUGCGUGCUUACCGGGAAUCAAGCAAAGGCAACUCCAUUGGUGUAUCGGAUCGAGGCAAACAGUCAUGCACCAAAAUUGAUGAGCAAGCUCGAUGCUGGCGUGCAAUUCAAUGAAGUAUCAUGGGCUCCCGCUGGUGGAUGGCUGGCUGUGCUAGCUAAGCGGUCAACAGGUGGUAAUGUUAUGUUCGUUGAUACGACUUUGCAAGAAGCAAAGCGUACCAAUGUCGUGGAGCAUCCAGGUUUCAAUAAGGGAUACUGGGAUCCUACAGGACGAUACUUUGUCACUUGCUCUACUCUCGGUGGUAGAAUGGGCGCCGAUCUAGGGUUCAGACUGUACACCUUUCAGGGCCGUGAGUUGUGUAGAAAAGCAUUGGAAAGAUUGUCUCAGUUCAAGUGGCGUCCUCGACCUCCAGUAAAACUUAGCGAACAGAAGUUGAAGGAGAUCAAGAAUAAUCUGAAGAAGACGGCAGUUCGCUUUGAACGCGAAGACAAUGAGGAGAAAAAUCGUGCUAGCCAAGAAGUUGUGGAAAAAAGGCGGAAAAUUAUGGCAGCAUUCGAUGUUAUUCGUCAAAGAAACCUCAAAAAGAUUGCAGCUCAAAAAGAUCUAAGGCUUUCACUCCGUGGUGGCGUAGACACGGACAGUGUAAAGGCAGAAGAACUGGUGGAAGAACAAAUCAUGGUCGCUCUUGAUACCCAAAAAACUUUAGCCCCAUUGGGCGAAGACGAACUCGAUUAGUUGUACUGUCAGCUUGAAUGAUAGCGCAGAUUCCUCUGCGCUUAUAUGAAGCGCUUCCUUUCGCCAUUAGCAGCUUUCUACUAUCGCUGUUCACCUUUAGGAGCUCACCGAACCUUGCCGAACUAGUCGGUCAUUAUGAUUUUUGCAUGCCGUAUUGGCGCCGGUUUCAUAUGUUGUGUUUCGCUUAGUAUGUUGGCAAUCGUGUUUGUUCUUCUACCGCGUUUUCUUGUUGAUGGUAGAGGCACGCGAAGUCUUGGUUGGGCUGUUGGUUUUUUUGUUGAUCGGUGAUGAAUGUUAUCAAGUAUCCUUUUUGCAGUUUUUGUGCACUUUUAAGAUUUUUUUUUUGUGUUUGCAGAGGCACUACGAGAUUCAUUUUUCACAGCUAUGUUAUUUUGUAAGUUUUUGACUUAGCGAAAAUUCUUAAGCCAUUAUGAGGGUGCACAGGUGGACUUUUAGCUCAUCGCUUCGAAUGUGCUUGUAUGAAUUAAUAAUUAAUGACAGCAAUAAAAUACUGGUGAGGAUG